CCGAACAUGUAAAUAUUUCAUAAACAAGUAUUGUUAUCCGAUAUGAAAUCGACUUGAAGUCGAUUUUUUUUCCACCCUAAGGUGACGGUCACAUUUAGGCCUUACCGACAAAAGCCCAUUAAAGAACGACAUAAACCUAACCACGACUAAAAUAAUGUAUUUCAAAUGCCUCGAUUAUCGCAGAAUUGACCAAAGAAGUGAUCUGAUCUGAUCUGAUCUGAUCUGAUCAAAGUAUCAGAUCACAUCACAAGCAAACGAUAAAUCACUCAUAGUAGACACACCAGAUUAUUGCUCUUCUUGCAAAUAAUGAAAAUCACACCACCGAUCUGAUCAGAGAAGACUCCUUGAUCCUCCGGUCACGGUUUUGACCAUCAAAUUCAGACGGACAGUAAUUCCUAAUAGCAGUGAGCUCCCACGGCGCCGUAUCAAGGGCCAACCACUGCUCCACCGUGAACUGUUGCUGCGAACACGGGGUGUGUACUCCCCCUGUAAAUGCCCAUCAACGUUUGUGGCUUCUAAAAGCGGUGAUUCAGAGUCAGAGUGGCCGGAGAGGACCAUUAUACUUACACUCUUCUCCACCAGGAAACAUUUCCCCUCUACGGUAACACUCUUCUCCACCAGGUUUCGUGUUCGAUUGGAAAGUGUCUUGCAAUGGGAAUCAGUAAAACGGAGGUGAACUUGAGGAGGUUGCUUGCAGCUGCUCCUCAACAGCAAAACCAAGCCAAGCUUAUGCAUUAUGUUUCUACUUUGCGAGGACAAUUAGAAGAGUUGGCAGAAGAGAGAACCCCGGAAGGGUUGCCAAGAGUUUCAAAGGUGAAAGUGAAUGAAUAUUCAGAGAAGAUCGAGGCCAUUGCUUCUAAAUUAGUUGCUCACGUGGCUUCACCUGAAGACUUUUCAGGGGAUUCCGCCAAAGAAAUUUCUCCAACAAGUGAGGAAGAGAUUCCCAUCCCCUCUUCUCCAGGGCUGAGAAGGAGAUAUGUUCCAUCAUUCAGGCCUGCUGUGAAUGCGGAAGAUAGAAGUCAUGACACCAGUAAGGCAGAUACAUCAGUGGCUGUCAAACUGGAUGCUUCAGCACAGUCACACAUUGAAAAGCACAGAAAGCUUCAAGAGGAUUUGACUGAUGAAAUGGUGGUUUUGGCUCGACAACUUAAAGAGGGUAGUCUCAUGAUGAGCCAGUCUGUGCAGAACACCGAAAAGAUACUUGAUUCUACGGAGAAGGCUAUCGAGCAUAGCCUGGCAGGCACUGGUCGUGCCAAUGUGCGGGCCAUGGAUAUAUAUUCAAAGAGUUCGAAGACAACAUGCUUCACUUGGCUUUUGAUGUUUCUAAUGACAUGUAUAUUCAUUAUGGUCGUACUCUUAAUUCGCAUCACCUGAUAAUGCUCAGAACUCAAGUUUCUCCUCCAAAUGCUACUCUUGUAUUGUUUCUAAUGUCAUACAUCGGGUUCAGACCAACCUUGUACUCUUUUUUCUUGAUGAAAAUGGAAUAUAGGUAGUUAGACACACUAUGGUCAAUGUC